CCCUGACUAACACACGCCACUGUGGCCAAUGGAUGAACAGUUUUGAAAUAAAAUGACAGAUUACGGAGAGGAGCAGAGGAACGAGUUGGAAGCAAUAGAGUCAAUUUACCCAGACUCGUUUACAGUGCUUUCGGAGGAACCCACUAGCUUUACAAUCACUGUUGCCUCAGAUGCAGGAGAAACCGGGGAGACGGUAGAAGUGACGUUGAAGUUCACGUAUGUGGAGAAGUACCCAGACGAGCCGCCGCUAUGGGAGAUCUACUCCCAGGAGAAUCUGGAGGACUCCGACGUGGAGGACAUUCUAGCUCUGCUUCAGCAGCAGGCCGAAGAAAACCUCGGCAUGGUGAUGAUAUUCACCUUGGUGACGGCAGUCCAAGAAAAACUAAACGAAAUAGUCGAUCAAAUUAAGAGCAGAAGAGAGGAGGAAAAGAGAAGGAAAGAACGGGAGGCAGAGGAAGCCGAGAAGAAAGAGUUUCAAGGUACCGUGGUCACAAUUGAGAGCUUUCUGUCAUGGAAGGCAAAGUUUGAACAAGAGAUGAUGGAGCUGAAGAGGAAAAAGCAAAGAGAGGAGGAGCAGGCAGGGAAGACAAAACUCACAGGAAAACAGCUCUUUGAAAGAGAUCACAAUCUUGACACAUCGGAUAUUCAGUUCUUGGAAGACGCUGGAAACAGCGUGGAAGUGGACGAAUCCCUCUUCCAGGACAUUGAUGAUUUGGAACUGGAUGAAGACGACCCUGACUUUGAUCCUUUGGCUCUUGGCAGCGAUGAGGAUUAAACCAGUGUCACACUGACAUCUCUGGACAGUUCGACCCUGAAUUUGUAGAAAUCUGUAUCUAUGAACGACCCCUGCAAUAGAAGGUCCUGUUCACGUUGCCACAAACUGCCUUUCUGAUCAUCGAAAAACACACCCAUAAUCUCAAUGAAACUUUCAAAAUCAGUCAUUAUUUCUAACUUUUAUGCCAUUAAAUGCCACCAGUAUAAACUUU